AUGGUGGAGACGGAGGAAACGGAGGAGACGGAGGAAACGGUGGUGAUGGUGGAAACGGAGGAGACGGAGGAAACGGUGGUGAUGGUGGAAACGGAGGAGAUGGCGGAAACGGAGGAGACGGAGGAAACGGAGGAGACGGAGGAAACGGUGGUGAUGGUGGAAACGGAGGCGACGGAGGAAACGGAGGAGAUGGUGGAAACGGAGGAGAUGGCGGAAACGGAGGAGACGGAGGAAACGGUGGUGAUGGUGGAAACGGAGGAGAUGGUGGAAACGGAGGAGACGGAGGAAACGGAGGAGAUGGUGGUGAUGGAGGUAAUGGUGGAGAUGGAGGAAACGGAGGAGAUGGUGGAAACGGUGGUGAUGGUGGAAACGGAGGAGAUGGCGGAAACGGAGUAG